CAGUGUGUUCCAUGUGUGUAUGUGUGAUGCGAAGCUACCUCAGCUCAAGCGAUGUAGACGACCUUGUUGGAGCGUACAGUGUAGCGGUAGUGAAGUGGAGUGGAGCCUGCACGAACAUCGCUUUAGAAUUACGUCGUCGGUUGACAUCUACCUAUACCCAUGGAUUAUCUCCAUCACCUUCACAACCUUGAAUUGCUAAGAGAGCUACCUUUGCCAAGACCACGUCGUGGGCUACGGGAUGCUAGAAAUCCAUCGGAAUCGUACGAGGAUGGGCCAUUUCAAGAUCGGUAUCGACUGUCAAAAGAAACCGUCAUUUACAUCAUCAACAUGCUGGAAGCCGAAUUGAAGAAGGACACACAGAGGAAUGAUCCACUUCCCGUUUAUUUGCAGGUGUUGACGGCUCUCCGUUUUCAUGCAGUGGGAUCAUUUCAAAAGAUGCAUGGUGAUGAGGCAGCAAUAUCACAGUCAUCAAUGUGUCGAAUCAUCAAAGAUGUGUCAAAAGCUAUAGCAAGAAGGAAAAGGCAAUACAUGAAGUUUCCUUCGACAAGAGAAGAAGUUGAAGCAACUCAGCGACAGUUCUUCCAGUACUGCAGAUUUCCAGGAGUGAUAGGUGCAAUUGAUGGGACACAUGUCUACAUCAGGAGCCCUGGUGGGGAUCAGGCAAUGUACUUCCUCAACAGGAAGAAUAGAUACUCGAUCAAUGUUCAGGUUGUUUGUGAUCAGGCUGGGAAAAUAACAAGCAUCGUUGCCAGAUGGCCUGGCAGCACACCUAACUCCGCAACCGUAAGUCACUUUUCAACCAAACUUGGAUGGUAGAUGUACUUAGGCGACCUGCAUAUUAUGCUGCAGUCGGAGGUCACAUGGUAAGGUCAAAGUGUUCAAAGUUUUUGUAGAAAUGUACCAAACCCGACGGUGCUCUCACUCCAUGAUGUGUCACUGCAUCGUAGCAAUCCAGUCGGAUUUGAAAUGGUCUACACAUGUUGAAUAUAUGGUCAAGAGCGCAAAUAGUCGUUUAUAUGUUCUUCGCACUUUGAAAUAUCAUAGUCUGUAAUUUCAGGACCUUAUAGUUGUAUAUACUAGUUUUGUGAGACCAGUUGUUGAAUAUGCUGUACCUGUAUGGUCAGGAGCACUAACAAAACAACAAGUACAAGUCAUCGAACGUAUUCAGAAACGUGCCCUUAGAAUCAUUUUUGGAGCAGCAUAUACUUCAUAUGAGCAUGCUUUACUCCAGUCAGAACUGAUGUCUCUUGAAGAUAGAUGGAUCAAACUCUUUGUCUUGCGUUUGCGAAGUCUAUGCAAAUCCCCACGUCUAAACUGUAUCACCUUCUACCUCAAAAUAGGACUUGUCAAUAUCAGACUAGAAGCUUGGCCGGAACAGUAGAGAUGCGAUGUCGAACUUCACGAUAUAGAAAUAGCCCCUUGCCCUCGUUGAUUCGGCACCUUAAAGAGAAAUUCCAGUAGUUGCAGUAAACACUGAUUUCAUGAGAAAGUCUGUAAAACAAGGCUUAAUUGUCAGUAUAUCAUCGAGGAUCUAGAUCUGGUACAGUUACAUAAACUGAACUUUGUGAAAUCUUGAAAUCUACGCUGAAAAAUGUUCAGGCUGAAGAUCCCCAACACAGAUAAGCGCACGUGGGACAGUAUAUAAUUAUUGCUUCGAAUGUCGGGCCCGACGCUCUACCCGAAUCCUGUGCUUAUUUGCUGAUUUCUCAGCAAUUACACAAUUUCUUCCAGAAUCCUUUGGCACAUAUGUUUUAUUUAUACAAACAGACACUUUGUGGUCAUUUCAUUGGAUUCUGUACGAACUCAUUUUGAUAUCGUUACCAAAACUAGCAUUUACCUUUAACUCUAAAAGAAUUGAUUACAAGGAGUAGUUUUUUUUGUAUAUAUCUUCCCCUAUCGUUACAUGUAUAAUAAUAUCAAACUACGAAUGGCUGAGAAUUAAAGAACUCAUCAUUCAUUGGACUCUUAAAAUGUGAUAUCAUUAAGAGAUUGUUUUUUAUAAAAUGCAGAUUACAUACUAAUUCUAAUGUUGAGUUCUCUUUAUGUUGGCGAACUCAAGUUUCAUUUCAUUUCAUUUUACUUUGUUAAUCAAAAUAUUUUUCUUUCAUAUGAGCAAUUAUUCACUGAUAUCUAGUCGUAAACUUAAUAUUUGAAUUGAAGUCAUAAAAAUUGCCAAAAUAUGUAUUAUUGCAGCAUAUUAGAUUAUCGUUUUUUCCCAAAGUAAUGUAAUUCAGAAUUUAAUAUGUAAAUGUGUUUAUUAAUUUCUCUUUGUAUAUAUGUUUAAUCGUUUUAUGAUUUCUGUAUACAGUGUAUACUGAAUCAUUUAUUUUUAUUAUUAUUUAUUUAUUUUUAUUUGUUUAUUUUUUAUUCAUUUUAUAUAUAUUGUUUAUUUCUUAAUUUUAUCUUAUUUUUUAUUCAUAAAAUUUACUUAUAAAAGGGGGCCUUCACCCUACAAGCUCUGCUUUUUAGUUGGUCUCCUUCCCUUUCGAUUUCAUGGUAUUAUUGUAUUAUAAAAAAAUGAUUUAAAUGUUAUAUUUUGUUAUUAUGUAUAUUGAACUAUCAUUGUAAAUGUAAAAAGAUUGAAAGAGAAAAUAAAUGAAUUGAAUUGAAUUGAAUUGAAUUGCUUCUUCGCCCUUUUCUCUCUGUUUCCCUUCCACCAUCAAUUUCUUCUCUUCUCUCUCUCUCUCUCUGCCUCUCUUCUCUCUUCCACUAUUUCUAUUCCUUUCUGCUUUCCAAUUCAUUUCCUCUAUCCACUCAUAUUUACAUGUAUUUUGAAUAUUUUUCAAUUUUUUUUAUUGAUCAGUGAGUAUCACUUUAAAUUUAUUUAUGAUAUACUUUGUUACAUAUGUCUAUAUUGAAAUUUGUUCGUAGUACUAUAAGUUUUUUUACCUUGUUAUUGAUGAUUUUGUUUGAAAUGUAAAUUUUCGCAAUUCGGCUUUUGCCGCAAAGAAAGGAUUUUUAAUAAACCAUUUUGAAUUGAAUUGAAUUUACAGGUCAACAUUAAAGUUUAUGUGCAAGGCUCUUAUGACAAGUGUUAUUCCAUCCCAGUCAUUUCACAAUGAAGUUUCAAUACAAUUAUGUUGUGUGCCCUCGCAAAUCACGAUAUUUCUGGUUAUUUUCAUGAGUGGGCGAGACACAAUCACUGUUGCCAUGUUUUAUUCUAGAAAUAGUAAGCUUAGUAUGAAAAAAAUUAUUGAAAAAAGCUGGCCCGAUUUGUCCAGGUCAGAAAAGGGCAACACAAUUUUUGUUCAGGCCUUAAGUGAAUGCAUUCAUACAAUCUACCAUGUGUUUGGGAGUACAUGUUUAAAUAGCAAAUCAGCAUUCCUAUUGUAAGGUAUCUACUGAUUAAAAAAUAUCUGUAAAAAAUUUAAGAAUUCUGUAAACUUGUUUUUUUACGGAAAUGUGUAAAUUUACAUGGGAAUUUUGUAAAAGUACGGUAAUUUUACGGAAAAGGAAUCCGUAAAAUUACGGAUUAAAAAAAAAAAUUCCGGCAGCAAAAUUUCCGGACAAAUCUUUUUUUUCCGUUAAUUAUUUAUACGGAAUCAUGUUAAUUCACGUAAAUUUUCUGUAAAAUUUCCGUAAAUAAUAUACAUAUUUUACAUGGGAAUCCGUAAAAUUACGGACAAAAAAAAAAAAUUCCGGCAGCAAAAUUUCCGGACAAAUUUUUUUUUUCCGUUAAUUAUGUAUACGGAAUCAUGUUAAUUCACGUAAAUUUUCUGUAAAAUUUCCUUACAUAAAAUCCGUAUUUUACAUGGGAAUUUUGUAAAAGUACGGUAAUUUUACGGAAAAGGAAUCCGUAAAAUUACGGACAAAAAAAAAAAAUUCCGGCAGCAAAAUUUCCGGACAAAUUUUUUUUUCCCGUUAAUUAUUUAUACGGAAUCAUGUUAAUUUAUGUAAAUUUUCUGUAAAGUUUCCGUAAAUAAAGUCCGUAUUUUCAAGAAUUGUAAUUUACGGAAUCUUGUAUAUUUUACAGAACUUUUCCAUAAAUUACCACUUUCUGUAAAUUUACGGGAAAAAAAAAAAAGUCCGGAAAUUCUGCUGCCGGACUUUUUCCGUUAAAAAACGGAAAUUUUUCUAACAGUGAAUGCAUUCAUACAAUCUACCAUGUGUUUGGGAGUACAUGUUUAAAUAGCAAAUCAGCGUUCCUAUUGUAAGGUAUCUACUGAUUAAAAAUAUCUGUAAAAUAUUUAAGAAUUCUGUAAACUUGUUUUUUUACGGAAAUGUGUAGAUUUACAUGGGAAUUUUGUAAAAGUACGGUAAUUUUACGGAAAAGGAAUCCGUAAAAUUACGGAUUAAAAAAAAAAAUUCCGGCAGCAAAAUUUCCGGAAAAUUUUUUUUUUUCCGUUAAUUAUUUAUACGGAAUCAUGUUAAUUCACGUAAAUUUUCUGUAAAAUUUCCGUAAAUAAUAUCCAUAUUUUACAUGGGAAUUUGUAAAAGUACGGUAAUUUUACGGAAAAGGAAUCCGUAAAAUUACGGACAAAAAAA